GAUUAAUGUUGGGAAAUUAUUUCAACAUUCUAGUUAGUUCAGCGUGACAAUAUAGAUUGAACACAGCUCUGCGAUGAAUUUAUAGACAAAAUGUAAGCCAGGCCAUAUACUAUGAUUCUCAUAAUUUUAAUACUCCUUUGGUGUGGGCAUGAGGUUGAAUUAGUAAGUGUGCAAUCUCAUAACAUUACAGUUGACACGAACCAAACAGACGCCAAAGUUUCCACCGGUCGUGACGCAAAGAGCAAUGACAGUAUGUCAACCAAUACAAACUAUUACGGAGUACAAUUUUACACUCCACCAUUGAUCCAUCAAGAUUUAUUGACUCCUUCUGUGUACACUCAACCGGUACGACCCUCUAUAUAUCAACGCCACGGAGAUCCUCUUCAGCAAUUACACCAAGAACAUCAGCAGCAUAGUACAACACCAGACUCUCAUCCAAUAUUAAUUAAUCCGUUGAUUUAUGACGAACCAGUGACAAAAAUAUAUCCACAAAAACCUAGUUCUGCUGUAGCUCGAACUAUCAAGUACACCGAACCGGGACCUGGUAGUGGAUACCGACUGCCAUUCGUUUCUGAUGAAACGUUAAAUUACGAUAGUUUACCGAGACUUCAUUUCGCUCAGCAAUACCAAACUAAGCCAUUAGCUCCAGCACCAACACCGAUACAUCAAUAUAUAUUUCAACAACACACCAAGCCCAUAAUACCUUUCAAUCAUCCAUUGAAUCACAAAGUACCGCGACGUUAUUUUUACAAUGGUGACAUUCAGCUUACAAAUAUUCCACUUGUUUAUACGAUGCCUGUACCGCCAGCUUUAGAACCUGCCGAAUACGAUCUCGUCACUCGAUUCAAUCAGCUAUUGAAACAACGAGAACGUGAUAAGAAUCUGAAUGACGAAGAAGAUAAAGAAGAAGAAGAAGAGAAACCUAUUACAAAUAAAAAAAAAAAAUCAAAAAAAAAGAAGAAGAAAAAAAAGAAACCUACUCCACAACCUCCAGACGAAGAAGAAUUGGAGGAGGAGACAGAAAACACACAAGAAAAUCAACAGCAAGAUGAACCAUCUGAACAGGGAGAACAAGAAGAACAGGAAACCAAAAAUGUAGUUCUUAAUGAAGAGGUUUUUAAACCCCCAGAAAUCACAGCAGAUCAAAACGAAGACCAUAACUUACAAAACAUCGAAGAAACCGAGAAUUCAAUGAUUCAACACUUCAAUGAAGAUUUAAGCUUUCAAGAUGGUACUGGUGAACGAGUAGAGUUUCAGAUGCAUGGAAUUGAAGGUCCUGAUUCAUAUAAAUUUGGCUUUGAUACCGGAAAUGGAAUAAAUAGACAGUUUCGGUAUGAAGAGAGAGACGCAAAUGGUCAUGUUCGUGGUCAUUACGGAUACCGUGACGGAGAUGGGAAAUUACAAAUAUAUAACUACACAUCUCAUCCAGAAUUUGGAUUCCAAUCACAAAAAGUUGAAACUCUCGAAUCGUGAAUAAUCUUUCCAAAACAACAUUAUGAUAAUAAUUAUUAAAAUAUUGUACAUUAAUAUAAAUAAACAUGGAUAAUUAUAUAAUAAUACAACCAUUUUUCCAUGGUCAUCGAUCCUCUCCAUUUUC